ACAUGGAGGACGAGCAAAAAAAACAAUUCUUCAAGUUUUUCUUUUCUGUUCUCUCCUAAUAAAACAAGUGUUCCUUGAGUUUAAAAUGGUUCUCUCUUACGCCGCAGCUUUUGUACUUCUUGCCAUCUUUUCUGCUAUUUUUCUAGGCAGAUUUUUUGCAAAAGUCAUCGAGGUAAUUGCCAGAUGUUUUGUCAAACUGGACCUAACUAUUGAAACAUUUGGAUUUCUUUCUGUCAUUGGAAUCAAAAUUAAAUUAAAGAACAACAAUAUCAUAGAAAUAGAAAAUAUAUCUUUAAAGACAAAAUGGACUCACUCAAAUUCCAGGAAGCUCUUCACAGUUUACUUUGGUAAAACACUAAUUACUCAAGAAGGAAGUAUAGCAAAACAACCAAAGCCAAAUGUCAAGAAAAAAGGCCCUAAUAAUAAUUUUAUGAAUUCCCACAAGGAGAGAAUAUCUCAGUUUAUUAACUUGUUUUGUCAGUAUAUGGCCAUUUCCUUUAGUGAAAUAGUUGUUAUUCUAAGGCAAUCAGAUAACAGAAUCAUUCAAUGCAAGCUCCAAGAUGGAUUAGACAUAUCUGCUAACCCUACAGGAAAAUGUUUGAACUCUGUUAUUUUAAUGAACAAAGUUGUCACUGAACUUAAUUGUGUCACAGACAAAAGUUCCAAUACCUACGAAAAUGUAGCUGCAAUAUCAGUUGACGUAGCAAUAGAAGCUUCUAUCCAGCCAUUGGAGGGAAUUAGUUCCGCAGAUAUUCAGCUUAGCCUUAGGUCCCUUUGUGUGAUAUUAAAUGAUGGUCUGUUAACAAAAAAUAAACAACCAGAAGCAGGACCAAGUGUGUCACAUUUAGAUGAAGUUGAAAAUAGAAUGUUACACAGAGAAGAAAAUUCUGAACAACUUGCAACAACAAACUUAUGGUCUAGGUUAGCAGAAGCUCCAAAGCAAGUGGAACUUUCUAUAGAGAAAAGUAGUAUUAAUUUUAUUAACAAAGAUAAAAGAAAUCUUAACAUUGAUAUUACCCGGAUCUUCUCAUCAUUUGUAAGGGAUCAAGGAAAUGGAAAUGACACAAGUAAACAGUGUGACAUUAAUCUAGUUAUUUCAGGUAUCAAUGUGUCUGGAUCGCAGUCCUGUAGGCUGUGUAUAAUGAACAGGUUUAGAUUUGUGGCCAAGCUCAGUGAACAGGACAGUAUUCCACAGCUGGCAACAUCUGUAUCCAUUGAAUCAUUUCAUAACAGCUACAUACAUGAUGACUACAUGUACUGGAUGGAAUACUUCAUGUCUCAAAUGGGGAAGAGACAAUCGGCUAAAACUGCUGCGCCUCAGAGUACAAGUUCCAAAAAAGGUUCACCGUUUAAUGCUUCUACGAAGCUGGACUUGGAGCUGAUUGAUUGUUCGACGUGUUUCUACUUGACGCACAAGUACGGUGAACAGCCGUUGUGUCGUGCUGUGUUAGCUUCGUUUACCACAUCCUUAAAAAUACCUUCACUAGAUUUGGUUGAAACAAAUCUUGGAGUACAGGACAUAAGUGUUGCUUCACGCAUGGAGAACGCAUACGUCUACUUCGAUGUGCUAACAGCAGUACCCGAGUCACUAGACAACGCAGACGUCAUAUCGUAUACAUUACCAGAUAACCCUUGUUUACUGCCAAAUACUAAUAAUCACGUGUGGGGAAGGGUGCUUGCCAUGGGGAGCUGCAGUACACAGUGUGAAAUAACCCUUCCACAUAAAGAUGUGAGUUCAUUGCACGUCAGUAUUAGAGGGGAAGCCAGUGGUCUGGCUCUAGAGUGGUCACAUCAGGUGUGCAAAACAAUACUACAGAUUACCAAGCAGUUUACUCAAGGUCUGAGUACGGUGAAGGACAAGCGAGAACACAGGAAGCCCACACAGAAAACGAAAAUAUCCCUUGAUACAGACGUCAGACUGUGCGGGAUCAAUAUAUUCUACCUCGGUACUCGCGCAGAUGGUGUGGACUCGUUUGUCUACAGGACUGACAUGGUUCUGUCAACCUUCUCAUCUGGACGGCCCGUUCUCAUGGACAUAUUUGGGAUCAAAGUCUCUAGAAUGCUUGGGUUGAAGAGGGAGCCAUACAGAUGUUUGCUGUCCAAAGAAAUGAAUAACCAAUGUGUAUCAGUGCCGGCGAUAACAAUAUCUCUUGCGAACCAUAAGGUCAUUUCCUUGUCACUGCAAGACACCACAGUGGACUGGAAUCCACCAUUACACAUGGCUCUGUAUGAUAGGUUACAGGAAGUCACGCAAGACGUAAUGGGCAUGAAAGAAGUGUUCGUCAUAAGUGGGCAGCAUGAAAUAGAGGAAGAGCGACAGGAAUCCGACGAGAAGACACAGGAAGCCCCCAAAGGAUUCGAUCUAAAGUGUGAUAUUUCGUACUUCAAGCUUCAAAUGGAAACCUCGCCGUCGACAAGUUUUGGCGUAGAGAUGCGCAAGUCCUCCCUCGAACUUCAAAACAGUGACGUCACCGUUGCUAUGGAUACUGCAGUAAUGCUUUUUGAUGACAAAGACACAUUUACAUUCAAGGGAAUAUCGAUACAAAGAUCACAGGAAGUCGAGGUCAUUAAGAACUUGAGGAAAAUGUUCACCAAUCUACAAACCUUGAACAACACUACCUGGAUUAUCGCAGUCCAUUCAACAACGGUCUUCUUUCCUUAUCAGUUUGACUUCGCUUCCUCCAGAAGUGAGCUUGUAAAUGUCACCAAGAUGCUCAAAGCGUUACAUAAGAAAACACGUGAUGCGUCGUAUGUCGAGCCGCUCCCCCCUGAUCUAUGGCUACGAUUCGAGGAAAUUACUCUAGAGAUAGAAGAUGACCCGUUUGAAGUGAAACUGGGUGACAACUAUGCAUUACUACAAGAAGAAGCAAAGCAAUGGAUUGACAGAGAGGAGACGCUGGAGAAUCGAUUACAGGCAAUACGAAUGACUCCUGGAAAUCUUCUUACAGUUAAGAAAGAGGAGAUGUUGUUUCAAAAACUACUAGAAAAGAACGCAGAGCUUUACRUCCAACGUUCCAAGGCUCUUUACAGUAAGACUCCGAUGCGCAGAAAUUUGUUGGUUUGGGAGUUCGCGAGUCUAGAUCUAAAGAUCUUGGCAGACGAGUCUUACCAUGGCAAGGUUAAGGCAGUGGAAAUGAUGAACAAACUGAACAGUGAGAGUACCCUUCCUAGUGGGCUGGAGUUUAGCACACUGUGGUGUCGUACAGUUAAAGGCACACUCGACUCACACUGUUGUCGUUUAAGGGACUACCCAAGACCAAUAUUCACCUCAAAAGAAGUGAAACUAUGUGGAACGUUUCUUGGUGCCGAACAAGCUGCAGACAACAGAGCUAAAUAUAAUUCCAGUAUUCUUAUCAACGAGCCGUGGGGAGACAUGACAGUACAACGAAGUCUUACUGCGCUCAAGUUCUAUUACGAUAUUGAUUUUGAUAUGGAUACCCUCGAGCUAGCCUGGGGUGUGGACAUCGACCCAGCAAUUGCAAUGGUAUCUUUAGCAUUUGGAAAUCUUAGCAAACCGAGUAAAGACCCCAGCAAACCUCUUCCUUUUUAUGACAAGAUUCGCCUUCUUCUUCAUGGUCGUCUUCACAUGGACAUCAAGAAAUGGUUGAUGUUCUAUAGUGCGACUCGUAAUCCUUACAACACGACAGAACGGCUUGAGCUGGACUGGAUGAAUGUAGACCUGCUCUGGACCAAUGGUCGCAUCGAGAUCGCGGGAGAUUUCACUCUACAGACGCGCACCGCGUCCAGAUACGAUGACCGCGAAGUCCUUCAUUUCCCUGCUUUCAAAGUCUGUUCGGACAUGCAAUGGAAUUGUUCAGGCGAUGCUAACGACCAUCACUCCAUAAUGCCGUUUGCUCCGUCUAAACUACCCGAACUCGCACCAAACAAGGUUCACGACUCGUACGCACCGUUCAGAUCUCAGAGUCUGACUUUACAUCUUUCCCUUGAGACAGCCAUGGAUGUUACUAAAGAUCUUAGUCAGCUUGGCUCACCUUACAUCUGUUUGUACGCAAGCACCUUGAGAUGGUUCAAUAACUAUCAGGAGGUAGUCCUGAGGAACACAUCUCGACCAAUCAAACGUGGACGUUACUUUAAUCGAAUUCCGCCCAAAAGACAAACUCUUGGUAGACAUUACAAGGAGGUGAGUCUGUCCCUGAAAUUCCCAAAGCUCUCCGUGUGGUACUGGGGAUCUUUCUCUCAACAACGUGGUUUCGAGAUGACCACUGGAUCAGGGUCACUACACACCCAGUAUCGUCUUGCUUUGCGGCCAUUCGAGGGCAAGUUGACAAGGCGACCGGCCGCGGACUGGACGGCUAGCAAGCUGCACAUCGAGAUCCGUGAUAUCACGUGUCAUUUGUACGGACUGGAUUCCACGGAGAACCUAGAGGACGGAGAACAACCUGAGGUGAGCUCGAUCGACUUGGAGCCAAACAAGUAUUACUUCUUGACCACUGAAAGUUUGGAGUAUUCCCGUCAAGACGCCAGCAAACAACAGCCAAGGGUAGAUGAAAGUGAACCUGACUCACAGAGUUACGUUCAUCAACUUGUCUGCCAUGGCUCUAAAGGAGUCUGGACUCUAACCAAUAGGAAGAUUAUCUUUGGAUUGUUUGAGGCCUACACGAAUGCAGAGGUUCUCAAAAAGAAUCUUUCAGCUGACGCGGUCAAGAUUACAAUUGUGGAUAAGAAACAACAGAAAACCAUAAAAGAGUCACCUGGAGUAGUUCUACAUAAAAAACGCUCGAUGUCGCUGUUACAGAAGCUCGUGAACGAGAAGGACUCCAAAUUCACUGUCUUCACCGAAGAGGGUACAGGGACUGUGGAAGCUGCCGAAACACCUUUACAGGGCGUGUCGCUGUGUACCAGUGAAGACUUCAUAGCACACACCUGGCAUAUCAAGCUGGUCAACACGCAGAUCCUUCUCCAAGGUACGGAGACCAAGGGAGGAGUUCUGGUGACCGCCGGGAAUGCAACGGUACUGAACCGCCUGCAUCGUCCUGUCUGGAGUAAGACAGAACUAUUGAACAAGAAGACAUGGGUUGGCACGGUGGAGAAUCUACAGUACUUCGCCACAGUAAGCCCGGAUGACUGUAUCAACCUCAAUAACAUUCCAUGGCUCGACACCACGGUCAUAACUGGCCGUCAGUCUCAAGAGAAGACUGGGUUCGACAUAGCUGAUCUAGCUAACAUCGUAGGUUCAGGAGAGGCAGUCGGUGGAGUUGUGACCUCUGUGGUCGGAGGGACGACCACUGGGGCAGGCCAGGACAUCCCUCAGCUUCAACGUAUCGUCGCUCGUUGUGGUUGCGAGUUUUAUUUUGUUAAUUUCAGUACAGAACUGGAUCCGUUAGCCGAGGGUGCGGCACCCAAUUCAGUGCCACAGUCACCCGCCUCGAGCAAUCAUCUACGAGUCAACAGACUUCCAACUGUUGAUACCUACACUGUUAGGCACAAACUGCUGGAGAUAUCCACCAAUUCAUCGCAGUAUCUGAUGCUGAUUGAUAUCGUUAACAAUGUCGUGUUCUACACGGAACCCAAGAAAAAGGAAGCCAACGAACGGCUGCAGAAGAUGACAUUCCGUCUACAGCUAUCAGCCAUUGAAGACCAGAGAGCACAAAUCCUUAAACAACAGAACAUCGUAAGGCAUCGUCAAACUGAGAUGAGAGGACUACAGAGACAGUUGUACGAGCUGAACCUGAUCAGAAAACAAGCCCUGGACAAUCAGGGUCUGACAGAAGCCAUGAUCCAGUUAGAGAGAGAAAUCACACAGAAAAAAGAGCUUCUUAACUCGGCCAGCACGGAACUCAGGCUUCUUAUAAGCGCUUAUAAGGAUUUCCAGAUGAAUCUCAAUCCUCCAACACCUGAAAAGGCACCAUCUUCUGAACCAACAAAACUCGCCGAAGUUCACUUCAACCACGCGUCAUGGAAGCUCAAUCAGGCGGACGGUCAGCUGGAAAUAGCAGAUGCCACCUUCAGAAACUUUAGUUAUAGCAAGACGACUCUCAGUGACGCUACGAUUGAGCAUCGAUUCGAAGUUCCAAAAUUCAACGUCAGAAAUCUACUUCCUAACAGCAUAUACAAGGAUGUCUUAACUCAAAGAAUCGCAAGCGGUCAAGGCCAAAAGGACAGGGCUGUAAUGGUUCGCUUGUACUGUCGAGUAAAACCUCCAGUUGGAGGUAUUGGCGUCAAGGAGCACCUAGAGAUCAAUGUAUGUCCUCUCUCAGUCGGGUUGACCUAUCGUUUGUUUCGUAAAGUCAUGGCAUUUUUCUUUCCACAACGUGAGCACGAGUAUGACGGGGACACGGGAGAAGUAGACCUCAUUUAUAAAGGAGCUGAACAAGAACUUGACAAAGAUUUCGAAGAUGGUGAAUUGUUCGUGGACGAUCUUGAAGAUAAUUUUGGAGGCGGAAGAUCGAGUAAUCUAAAGCGAUGCGCCAGCACAKCAUCGUCGAUUUCUUCUUCGUCAGACGCGUCGACGGAUUCAGCGGCCACCAAGUCUAGGAAGAGUAUGACAUCACUAGUAUCCCACACGAACGCUGGUCCGUCUGCUUCACAAGCCAAAGACAAAGGUAAGAAGAAAAGUAUGUUCUACAGACCCUUGGAUGACCACGAUGACUUGGAAAAGAUGAAGGAACGAGCGUCCAAAAAUCACUCGUUCAUCUACGUCAAAGUCACAGAAGUCUUGAUGUGUGUCAGUUAUAAGGGUGAAAAAGAGAAAAAUAUAGUUGAUGUGCACAAUUUCAACCUGACCCUCCCCACCCUGGAGUAUCACAACAGAACGUGGACUUGGCACGAUCUUCUCAUAGCAAUGAAAAAGGACUGUAUCAAUGUAUUGGUGUCCCAGGUUAUCAAAGAAAAACUACACCUUAAAGGAAGGAGAGACGUAGACGGGACGGAGAACAAAGAUUCAAAGUCUGAACCAAAAGAGGAAGAUAAGGCCAAGCUUCUUUUUGGUGAUACAUCAAAAACAGAAAAAAAGAAAAAGAGCAAGAAAAGCUUGUUGGGUAAACUGGUCAGGAAGACUCGUUUGAGCCCUAGACCAUCAGGUCUUCUUCAACCCGAUGGAGCUGGCCCAGAGCCUGUUAACCUAGAAGGGGAAGAGUACGAACAGAGCGAAGAGGAAGCGCCAGACUCGGAUAGCUCACUAUUCGAUACUAAAUCUUAAGUGAUCUAAAUGCCAAGUUGGAGGAGUUAGUACAGAAGGAGAGAAAAUUUUCUCAAAGAACAUUGACUUAUUACCCUGUUAAAUUUGCCCACGACUAGGCAGAAGAUUUCAUGAUUAAUUCGUGAUUGUGGAGAUGACACUUUUCAUUUAUUCUAAUCGUCUUACAUUUUUCAUUUUUCCUAAGAUUGACGGCAAAGGCCGGGGUGUGGCAUCGGACUGUAGAUACGUCCAUGAUAAGAGCAUGCGUAGUUUUUAAUUCGUUCGUGAUUCGCGCGAUGACCGCUGACCACUUUGCAUGAGAUAUUGUCACGUAAUUGCCAUUUUGCCAUUGGGAACUCAUCCAGGUAAACUCAUUCUGAGUCUCCUUCAAUGCGAGAACGCAAGUCACUUCCACAAGAAUGGUUUCCUCGUGGUAAAAGCGAAUAAAAUAGUUAUCCAGGUGUAGUAUAAACAUUUCGCCGAGCAUGUGCAGCAGUAAAAAUGACAGGGCUUUGAGAGUCGAGAGUAUUUUAUAGCCGUGAACGACUCCCAUGCUCGAUGCGCUUAACUAAGAGCUUAGAGCCGUUUCUCUUUUCUGCGACCUUCAAUAACAAUUUCUACGAUUCUCUGCCUUCCGUAAAUCAAAUAUUUUCUAAUUAACUCAAUGGUGGUGCCAUUAUGAAUUGUUUCGAACCAAAACCGGCGCAAUCCAAAAUGGUGCCACAUCUGUGGGUUGUUUUUAAUCCUAGAAAUAUGCAUGAAAAAAUAUAACAAACAAAAAUAAAAACGCUCUAUGAACAUCCAGUUAAACUGCAUGCUGUAUUAACAAAUACUAAAGAGAGUCAUUAUUCAAUGUUUUAUAUAUUUAUAUUGAAAAUGGGAAUAAAGAUUAUACAUAUAAAUUAC